GGCUGGGCCGUGGGCCCGGAGAGGGGCGGGAGGACUCACGUUUCGCUGACAUCACGGCGGGUGCCGGAGCAGCCGGGGGCCACCAGCCCCGUCGCCACGGCCGCUGCGCACCCGCCGCUCCCCGGCACCGGCACCUCCGGCCAGGAUGGCUCCUCGGAUGUAGCCAAUGGGGCCAGAGCAGUGCUGGAGAUCCCUGUCCAAGUGAUGGUUGGACUAAGAUAGAGGAGCUGUUGCGAGGAUGUCUGAAGCCAAGACUCUGAUCUCCUCUUGCCUCCUGUUUUCCUUGCUCUCUUUGCACUGGGCUUUGCUCCAGCCGGGCCAGGCUUUUCCCAGCACCUCUGACUACCUUCAGCGGGGCUGGCAGCGCUUGCUGGAGGAAGGGGAGGGCUGUGCUGAGUGCCGGCCGGAGGAGUGCCCAGUGCCUCGCGGGUGCCUGGCUGGCACAGUACGGGAUGCCUGUGACUGCUGCUGGGAGUGUGCCAACCUGGAGGGACAGAUCUGCGACCUGGACAACACCAACCACUUCUAUGGCAAGUGUGGGGAACACCUGGAGUGCCGACUGGAUACUGGGGACCUGCGGCACGGAGAGGUACCUGAGCCUCAGUGUGCCUGCCUCUCCAGCCUGGCCCUCUGUGGCUCCGAUGGCAAAACCUAUGCCCAGAUCUGCAGGUUCCUGGAAGCUGCCCAUGCCCACCCCGACGCCAACCUCACCGUGGCCCACGAGGGUCCCUGCGAGUCAGAGCCCCAGAUCACCUCUCCUCCCUAUGACACAUGGAACAUCACCGGGCAGGACGUAAUCUUUGGCUGCGAGGUCUUUGCCUACCCCAUGGCAUCCAUCGAGUGGAGGAAGGAUGGCACAGAGAUGCUACUGCCUGGAGAUGACCCCCACAUUUCUGUCCAGUUCAGAGGUGGCCCCCAGAAAUACGAAGUGACAGGCUGGCUCCAGAUCCAGGAUGUGCGGGUAACAGACGAAGGCACCUACCGCUGCUUUGCCAGGAACAGGGUUGGAGAGGUGAUGGCAUUAGCCAGCCUGACUGUCUUCACACCAGACCAGCUCAACAUGACGGGCUUUUCCCUGCCGAAGCCCCGCACGACGCCCGAGGACUAUGGAGAAAGUGAGGAGGACUAUUACUAGCCCAGAGAUGGGAUGUUCAGCCGCGGAGAUCACCUUGCCCAUGGUGGCCGUUCCCAGGGGUCAGGGACAUCUCCUGAACACCAACCCCCAGCCCAAAACUCCUUCUCUAAACAGCGUUGGCACAGCAGCCUCUUUUUUGGGGUGGGGGACAGGGUGAUGCAUCCCUUUGCUGGGGCUGCUCAGGGAGGGGACACUGGCUAGUUAGUGGCACAGGGCUGGGACUGACAGUGUCUCUACCUGGGGCAGGGUGGGUCUGUCCUUCAGCAGGGAUGCAGUGGCAGAUAGGACACUGUGGGGACGGCCAUGCUGUAUGUGACAUGGACUGGGUUCUGGGGGUGCAGGCAGCCUCACUGGGAAAGGGAAGCCAGGACAGGGGGAUCCCUGCCCUGGGUGAAGCAUUUUGGGGAAGCUGGCAUCAAGGGCUGGGACCUGGCCAUGACACUCAGUGUGUCCUCCCCCAGGGCCAACCUGUGGUCCCGAGGGCAGAGACAGCCAGGCUUGUCCCCAGGAGCUGUGGAACUUGCUGCGGAAACAUCCUUCUGGUUUGUUUUUAACCAGAAAAGUAGUGAUUUGAGGAACGCAGACACUUGUGGUUUUCAGUGCUAUUUUUGCUUCCCUGGACAAUGUUGGCCCAAUUACCCUUGUGGUCAGAAACACUUUGGCCUUUUUCAGAGGAUUUUAUGCUUUCCCUACCAAGCAGCUAUUUACUUUGCCAUUUCAGUUAAUGCUAGUUAAAAUAUACAUCUAGGUCAAAGCUGACACA